AGCAUUCUGUUCAGUAUUACUUUGCCAACAGGCGUCGUCGUGGUAUGUACAAUGUUGCCGCUUUGUUAACUGUCUUUCUCUGGACUUGGCGCCGCAGGAAAGUGCAGUGACGCGUGUCACUAUCCCGCCAUGAAGUCGCUAUGCGGGGCCAAGAUGCGACCGGGCUCCGCGUGUGACGACAUGAGCGGUUACUGCGACGUCUUCCAGAAAUGCCGCCGUUCGGACGAGAUGGGAUUGCUCACAAGGCUGGAGGAGGCUCUUUUUGCCGCGCACACCUACAAUUCUGCCAAGGAUUACGUUAUGUUGCACCCGUACAAGUCGGCCCUGUACCUGCUCCUGUUCGUGACCCUGAUGGCGUUGUUCUUCCACUGCUUCUCCGCGCACACCCCCAGCAACCACCCACUGAGGCCGCACCGCGACCUCAAGCACAUUCUGCGCUACCGCGCGAGAACCUCCGUAAGCCUGCACAUUGUCGCCAUCGUAUCGAUCACAAUGCCGCUGCUUAUAUCACACUAA